CCACCAUUGAACAAGACGCAAAGAACCGUCUCCACCAGUUGCUAUACAAGACCUGCCUGCACUUGAGCCGUACACGAUGCUCGAUAUAACGGAACCGGAGCACAAGUUCGCUUUGCACGAAGCGGCACGAGAUGGAAGAACCCAGAUCGUCGAAUCACUUCUCAAUGCAAAUCCGAAACUCGCAACCCAAACCGACGACGACGACCGUCUACCAAUUCACUGGGCCUGCGCCUUUAACCACAUAGAGACCGUCCGUCUCCUGACCGCACUCAGAUCCUUCGAUGCAGAUGUUCAAGAUGGAUCUGGCUGGACCCCUCUCGCCAUCGCCGCGUCUCUCAAAGACAACGCUGGCGAAGCCAUAAUUGAUCUUCUCCUGUCCAAAGAAGCCGACCCCAAGAUCGCCACUGGCACCGGUGCAACGGCGCUGCAUUUUGCAGUUUCAAAGGGUAACCUCGAAAUCUGCAAGACACUGUUAAAACAUGGAGCUAGCGCACGGGUCAAGGACAAGCGUGGCCAGUUGCCUCUUCACCGUGCGGCUGCGGUAGGUAGCGUGCCUAUCGUGAAGUUGCUGAUCGAACAUAAAAGUCCAGUCAGUGCUACCGAUGCCGAUGGGAUGACGGCUCUGCAUCAUGCCAUUAGCGAAGGCAAUGGAGACGUUGCUGUGGAACUCCUCAAGGCUGGUGCGGAAAUAGACAAGAAGGAUGUCGAUGGCAGACUUGCCAUUGAAUGUGCACCCGACAACAAAGUCCGAGCAUUCAUUGUCCAGGCUGCUGAGAGAGAGGGGCUUAACUUUCAGUGACACUGGCUUUAGAUUCAUCUGCGCUAUGACGAGAUGCUUGCCAGACGGCGACGGCUACGGCUUACUCUGGAGAUACAUCAAAUUGAGAUCCGGAUCGGCAUUCCUAAAGCUAACCGGCCACAGGCACAAUAUCAUUUCAUUGUGUCCGCCAAUUGUCGAUACAUUUGCUUCACAUCCACAACAUCUGCCUUGAGCUCCUCCACUUGCUCGCUUUUCUCGCCGAGGAUCUCAAGAGUGGUUUUGUGCCUCUCGGUCAAUUCUUGGUGCGCAGCCUCCAGGGCUUUCAGGCGAGCCUCGAUCGACCUUUUCUCUUCCACCUCACGCAUUAAAUUGACAACCUCUUGUCGAGCUUCGUCGCGCUGUCCGGUGAUUCGACUCAGUUCGUCUUUGGAAGCGGCUUUCUCACUUUCCAACCGACGAACAUUGGCAGACAUUCGCUCCACAAGUUGAACCGAAGGUCCUGCUCCAACGGUCGAGUUAGAUACCAGGUCAUGCAUACCUCGGUUUGAUUGAUGGCUGGGAGAGAUGGGAGUAGGUGGCACGUUGACAAAGUAUUCGUCGGGGUCCAUUGAGGUUAACGCUGAAGGCGUCUCGACUGCGGAGCCAUUGCUGAGGCCCUUGAAAGACGUGGUUGAUUGUUGACGGGGAGGGGUGUUGGAAUCGAAGCCUUGCAUGGUGAACGACCUCCGGACGGAGCCUCGUUCAUAAGCAACAGGACUCAUUAGAUGAUUUAGAUCGAAGCCUGAGCCUGG